AUGGCUACGGCGCCUUCCCCUCGCGUCUUCGGCAUCGAUUUCGGCGCUACACGAUGCGUCGUCGCUGAAAAUAACGGCGACGUCGUGCUCAACGAGCUCGGGGGCAUGACUACUGCGUCUCUCGUGUCUUUCAAGGGCGAGGAGCGCCUUGUAGGCGAGUCCGCCGUUCUAUCUUCCAGUACAAACCCUCGGAACACGAUCGGCUUCUUGUCUGGACUCGUGGGAAAGCGGCACUUGGCCGACGUGCAGCACCAGCUGGAGCGUCUUCCUGGCCUGCAACCGACCUUUGAAGUGGACGAAGCUGGUCGCGUGGUGGCGAGUGUGGAGUAUGGAAAGCAAGACGGCAGCAGGACGCAGUUCACCGUGGAGCAGCUUACAGGAAUGCUGUUUGCCAACUUAGUGACGCAAAUAAAGACACGUGUGCGAGAUGAGCCGUUCCAUGUGACAUUAGCGGUGCCGUCGGUGUGGGGAGAUGAGGAGAAACGCACGAUCCGUGUAGCUGCUGCGAUUGCUGGUAUCCCGAGCUUGGCGCUCAUUUCGCGUGAUGCCGCACGAGCACGCUGCUUCCAUUGUAAACACCCGGUAGAAGUUGCAAGUACGCCAUCUGGUCCUUCCUCUGGUGAUGGAGAUGUGACGAUGGAGGCUGCAGAGACUGCUCGUUGUAUUGCAAUUGUUGACAUGGGCCACACCAACACGAGUGUUGCAAUAGUGAAGCUAACACAUGACGGGGAGACGGUGUUGGCGACGGAGGCUGAUCUGGACCUGGGAGCGGAGACUCUAGACCGACGACUUUUUGAACACUUGCAGAACGAGGUGCGGGUAAAGCAUGGCUUGAAUGUGUUGCUGCAUUCGAAAGAAGGCAAACGUUUGUUUCAGGCUUGCGAGAAGAUCAAGAAGCUGUUGUCAACUAUCGGUGAAGCCAACGUGCCAGUAGAGAAUCUUGCGCCAGAAGCGGAUAUUAGUAUCUCGAUGAGUCGCAAUGUGUUUGAGGAGCUAUGUGUUGCUGAACGUACACGCAUCGCUGAAUUGUUGCAGAAGGCUCUAGAAGCUGCAAAGGAAAGCGUUGGUAGUGCUGAUAUCGCGUCGGUUGAAAUCGUGGGUGGCGGCACUCGUAUCCCGUUUGUACAGGAGGCUAUUCUCUCCGUAUUUCCUAUCGAACAGCAGCGCAAUGGGGCGCUGAUCGGUCGUAUGCUGGAUUCAACUACCGCUAUUGCUUUGGGUGCGGCUUUUUUGAGCAAGGUGGCAGGCUCUACAGAUACGACCCCAGCUGACGAGGAUGCAGCGGUACUUGCCGAGUAUGUCGCCCUGGAAAAAGAGUUCCAGACUCGUGAUGCCGAACUGAUAGCUAUUGCUAACGAGCGCAAUGCGAUCGAGUCUUUUGUGUACGAGAUACGGUCGAAGAGCAGCGGCAAGCAUGGAGAUAAGCUGGACACAUCCAAGCUGAACCCUUUGCUGGACGCUGCUGAGGACUGGAUUUACUCAGAGGAAGCAGAGACGGCUACACUUGAACUCAUUCGAGCGAAGCACCAGUCGAUUAAGACGGAGGUUCGUACUGCGUGUGAGGCGUACUUUUCUGCAGUUCAGGCCGAUGAAAGUGCACUGGAACAUCAACUUGAGCAAGAAUCACAAAAAGCUGAGGCUGAGCGCCAGGCUGAGGGUGAUGAUGAAGACCACGACACACGUAAGCUGAAGAAGCCUGACCGCAUGCGCAUGGUGAUCAAAAACAAAGAGGAAGGCAAUGAGCUUUUUCGCGACGGCAAUCACAAGCAUGCGGCAGCACGGUAUGUGAAGGCCCUGACCCACGCGUCCAAGUUCUUUGACCUCUCAGAGUCCGACACGAAGGAGGUGAACGCAAUCAAGCUGAGCCUGUAUCUCAACCUUGCGCAGUGCUACCUCAAGAUGGAAAACUACACGAAAGUCGUGGGAAACUGCAAUGAAGCGUUGGCUCUGGAUGCUCAGAGUGUUAAAGCGCUCUACCGCCGUGCUGUGGCAUACGAGAAGGAAAACAAACUAGAGCUUGCCGCUGAUGACAUCAAGGCCGCGCUGACUCUAGCACCACAGGACCGUGUCGUCAUCAAGCUUGACGAGCGUCUAAAGGAACGUCUAUGUCGCCAGCUUGACAAGGAGAAGAAGAUGUGGAGCAAGGCGUUUGCAUGA